AUGGUUCGUAAAAAGAAUAAGAGACAUAAUCAAUCCAGACAAUCGGCAACUUCAUCAUCAGCCAAUGAGAUCCAGUUCAGAAGCCUCACAGUAACGAAUAUGGAAUUACAAGAACUUAUUCGUCAAGGUCUAGUAGUUGAUGAAGUUCACGAAGUAUUAUCAUAUGAUCGAAAAAAUAUGCUUUGGGUUGGUAACUUUGUUCGUCAUUCGAUCGAGCUUGAAAAACAAAGUAAGGAUUUAAGAGAAAAAGCAUACCACGCUUUAAUGAGAGAACUCUUUAAUAUGAAGAUGUUUCGUGAUGCAUCUAAAGGCAAAAAAGGUUGGUUAAGCCGUGGAUCAGUUGCGACAUUACACCAAGUGACAACUACGGAAAGAGUGGUAGAUUUGCUUAAUGAUGCCGAAAAUAAAGGUCCUGAAACUCAUCUGCAGAAUAUGCUAUGUGCAGUAGAGUAA